AGUGGAACCAAGCAAGAGGUCGUAAAAUUUGGCGGAUCAUGCUUCGACUAUGACGAUCCCAUGAGACUAACCAACCUCACCAAUCAGUUCUUGCUAUUGGACUUCAGUUUUGGGCAAAAUCGCCGAUAUUUUGAAGACUAUAUCGAAGACGUACGGGAUAUUCUACAAUUCUCAGAGGAAAUGAAACAAAAUGGUAGCAAAAUAAUACAUUCUUUGAAAAAUUACAAGGACUCACUGUGCGUACACGUGCGUAUGACAGAUUUCAUCUCAAGAAAUACAUACACUGACAUGAACAUAACUGCUAAAGCCGCUAACACACUGGCGAAGAAAAUGAAUAUAUCAAACUUUCUGAUUUUUGGGGAUGAUAACGACUUUAUGGUCAGAUUGUCACAAGCUAUUGUAAAGGAUGGUGGUUGGAGAAAUGAUGCAGUGGCUAUUUCAAGUUAUGAUGAGACGAUGGACCUGUAUUUGGCGUCCCAGAUGUGUAGUUCAUUUUUAAUCUCUGCAAUCCUUUCAACUUUUGGCUGGUGGCUUGCUUUUUUCGUAAGAGAUCAAAAUGCUGUGUACUAUAUAAACUAUACCCGGCCAAAUUCGGAGACGGUACCCAGAGAAUUCCUUCUGUAA